UGACUGCCCCAUUGGUCACGUGUCUUACGAUGCUCGGGCACAAUAAUAGUGUCCAUCAGUGUGACUCGUCUGUCAUUUUAUGUUUUUCCUAGUUGUGUUUUAGACACGCAGUGUGUUUCCUAUUUAAGAUGAAAGAACUGUAUUCAUUAGUUGUUGUUUCUCUCGGUGUUUGCGUAAUGGCCGGUAAAUACUCGCGGGAGUCGAACGAGCCCCAAAAAGCUGGCGUCGGUGAUGAGCAGACAGACGAAUUCAGGAUAUCGAAGUUGAACCAGGUGUGGAACAAGGCCUUGCGGAUGCAGUUGUCCCCUGUGAAGCAAGCCGAGCUGCACAGUGACCUGAAAAUCCAGGAAAAGGCUGAGCUGCAAUGGAAGAAAUGGAAGGUUGAGGGACUGGAUGAAAAUGGAGAGAAAGAGGCUCAAAUCCGCCGUAACUUCAAUGUGAUCCUGGCCAAGUACGGGAUGGAUGGCAAAAGAGACACAAGACACCUGGAGAGCAACUCUCUGAAGGACCAUGACUUUCAAGAUGGUGACAUAUUUGAAGAUCCCAAGCUGGAUAAACUAUGGAACAAGGCAAAAAGCUCCGGCAAAUUCACUGAGGAGGAGCUGCUGAACCUGAAGAGAGAGUUCCAGCACCACAAGGAAAAGAUCCACGAGUACAACAUCCUCAUGGAUACUGUGAGCAGGACCGAGGAGAUCCACAAGAAUGUAAUCUCCCCCCUGGAGGGCGUCGGCAAAGAGCAGGAGGUGCAGCAGAAGCACACGGAGCUGAAGCGGAAGAUGAGGGACCUCGAUGAAGGCUUUGCGCGCCUCCGCAAGCUCAGCCACGAGGGCUUCAUCGAGGACAGCGAAUUCCGGGAGCCCCGUGUGAUCGAACUGUGGGAGGCUGCCAAGAGAGCCAACCUCAGUAAUGAUGAGCUGGACUCUCUCAAGGAGGAGCUGCAUCACUUUGAGACCAAGGUGGAGAAGCACAGCCACUAUCAGGAGCAGUUGGAGCUCUCCCACCAGAAGCUUCAACACGUGGAGGCUUUAGGAGACAAACAGCACAUCAAGAGGAACCAGGACAAGUACAACACUCUGGCUGAGAAGACCAGGGAGAUGGGCUACAAGAUGAAGAAACACAUGCAGGACUUACACAACAAGAUCUCUGGUCAAGGUCUGGCCCACAAUGAGCUGUGAUGACCUCGCUCAUGUCAACGCCAAUGAAGAAUCAAUGAUUUCAACUAAGUCUUGCUUCCCCUCUCACACUAACCCAGUCAUACUAACUUAGUUGAGCCACUGUAAAACAAUCCAUUUUUUUUCUACCUUAGUGUUUGUGUAUUGAUUUGUUGUGGCGUUUACAAAUCAAAUCAGAACAAAUUGGUUUUCUUGUACAUACAUGAAAAAAUUUCCUGACAAACCAGCACUUUUUUGUAAUAAAUGAUCAGAUUUGCUGUUGUAC